UCCCAUACUGAAGAAAUGCAAGACACAAUGGCUGCAAUGAUGGAUUAUGAGGACUUUCCACCCCCACCAGCUGAGGAUUCUGACUACCUUCCACCCCCACCUCCAGACUUAUUACAAAUGCCACCAGACAGCGAAAAUGUUCCAAAGUACCAAUAUGCACAUGAACCAGCAAACCCAUCCAAAUACCCACUCAACAGAGAGGCUUAUAUCAAGCAGAGGAGUAUGAAUGAGCUGAAACGUCUUUACAAGCACAUUCACCCUGAGGUUCGCAAGAAUAUUGAGAAAGAGUACUACAUUGAUUAUAACGAAACCGAGAACAACCAGGUAGAGAGCCAGGAGUACAUGUAUGAAGAUGAUGUUGGCAGUCCUGAUGAUAUUAAUGAUGAAGAAUAUGCAGAAUGGGAGGAGAUCCUUCCCGGGGACGUGCAGGCAAUGCGUUGGAAGUUUGAAAAUAAGCCACUGGAUGCCAUCAAAGAUGAAACUCCUGAUGACGACGAAGACGAUAAGAAAAUAACUCAGCAGGAAAUAAUUCUGGGAAAAGAUGUGAGGCGAACAGCAUGGAUGUUUGAGACCAAGCCAAUGGAUAAGCUGGGCUCACAAAACACAAAUUCCACAGAAUACAGAAACAAAUUUAAUAAAUUUGAUAAAGGAGAUGUACGGGCUGCAGCUUGGUUGUUCGAAACUCAAACUAUGGACACCCUAAACAAAAUGCAUAAAGAGGAGGAUUUGACGAAGGAAAUUGUAUUCACAGAGGAGGAUGGAAAUGCUACCAUUUACAUGAUUGACAAUAAAUUCAUGGGAGUCCUUGGGCACACUGAGACCAUUGAUGAGAGCCACCUGCUGUGUUUGCGGUCAGUGUUAGAGGAGAUUAAUGGAGAUGUGAAAACUGUAACAAGUACAUUUGACACUCAGUUCAAAUGUAUCAUUAUGGGACAAUCAAGUCAGAUGCUGGAGAUUAAGUCUGUGCGCAAAAUUGAAACUGAAUUGGAGAGCUCAAUUGCUUCACGUUGGCUUUUUGAUACCCAACCUCUGGACAUCACAAACAGGGAAAAUGCUCCUUUGAAACUUGUGUGUAGUCUUUCCAUGGAGGACAGCAAUAAAGGAGACUGGGGCAGGUGGUUGUUUGAGAUAAAAACAUUAAAUUCUCUCAGUGAGUUGGAAAGCUCACAAAUGGAAACGACGGAGAUUAUGGGAGCUGAUGUGCGCAAACACUGCUUAGUGUUUGAAACACAGCCAAUGGAUUCUCUGAAAGAUGACUCCAAUGCCAGACCUCAGUCUAUCGAGGAGAUUAUUGGGGGCAAUGUUAGAUCUGCAAGGCACUUUUUUGAAAGCAGCCCUCAAGCAGUCAGGAAGAACUGCCCCGAGGUUGGAAAACUUAAAAAGGCAGCAAUAAGUGAAGAAAUAAAAGGGGAUGUGAGACACCAAAAGUGGCGCUUUGAGAGUCAACCUUUAGAGGACAUAAGAGAAGAGAAGAAAGAGGUCACUCGUACUGUGAAUGUCGAAGAUGACCUCACACAGGAGGACGGCACAAGCUACAGGGCAGACGUACGCAAGAACUGUUGGGUAUUUGAAACCCAGCCAAUGGAUACUUUGAAAGAUGAUGCAAAUGCACGCCCUUUGACUAAAGAGGAUGUCGUUGCAGGUGAUGUCAAAUCAACCAGACAUUAUUUUGAAACAAUUCCAGCAGAAGAGUUAAAGGAGUUGGCAGAGGUGGGAAAACUGAAAAAGACUGUAGAACUUAAUGAGGAGAAGGGUGAUGUUAGACAUCAGAAAUGGCGAUUUGAAAGCCAACCUCUGGAGCAGAUUAGAGAGGAAAAGAAAGAAGUCGUCCGAACAAUUGACCUGGAAGAAAUUGAUAAAGUGGAUGUGUCAAGCUACAAGCAAAUCUUUGAGAGCACAGAUUUAAACAGCAGGAAUGAGUCUCAAAAAAUACUAAUAGAGGGAGUAACAUCUGGCUCUGUGAAAUCCAAUACACAAUUGUUUGAGUCUACUCCAUUGUAUGCCAUGCAAGACAGCGCAGGUCACUUCCAUGAGGUGAAAACAGUGCGUCGGGAGGAAGUUGUUAAAGGAGAUGUAACAACAUAUAAAUGGAUGUUUGAAACAAAACCGAUUGAUCAGUUCGAUGAAAGCAUCGACAAAUAUCAAAUUAUCAAGGGCAUAUCCAAACAGGAAAUUGAGUCGGGUGAUGUUAAAACUGCAAAGUGGUUGUUUGAAACACAGCCUCUUGACGCUAUCAAGUACUUCAGCAACAUUGAAGAUGAAGAAACUGUGGGGUCAAGUAAACAUGUUGAUGUUGUGAAAGGUGAUGUGAAAACCUGCAAGUGGCUAUUUGAGACCAAACCAAUGGACAUCUUGUAUGAAAGAGCGGAGGUAAAGGAUGAAAACGAAUCUGAAGAAAUGUAUAAGGGGGAUGUUAAAACCUGCACUUGGCUUUUUGAGACGCAAGCACUUGAUGCUAUCCAUGAUGAGACAGAGACAGUUCUGAACACGCGCACUGUAAAACAAGAGGACAUCAGUGGAAAAGAUGUAAGAAUGGCUUGUUUUCUCUUUGAAACAGAGAAACUGGAGAACCUCACUGGAGAGGAGAUGGGAGCUUUUAAACGUGUCACAGAGAUAGACAUUGCGUCUGGAGAUGUGUCUAGGAUGAAGUACAUUUUUGAGAAUCAAACAUCUGAUAUCACCACUUCUACAUCUGAGGAAGUGAUGCAAAAGCUCAAGAGAGUUCAGACCGAAGACAUACAAAAAGGAAAUGUUGUGAGCUGCAAAUGGCUCUUUGAAAAUCAAUCCAUUGAUGCCAUACACGACAGUCAAGCGCAGACGAUGAGCAGCCACACAGUGAGCGACGUACAAGGAGGAGAUGUGGAUAAGGGUCGUUUUAUUUUUGAGACCUACUCCCUAGAUAAAAUUCAGGAGGUUUCCUCUGACGUGGACACAGAGCUGAAGAAAAUCCAAAAAAUUGUCUGUGAUGAGGAGGAGAAGGGCAAUGUGAGAAAUUACACAAUGAUGUUUGAAACUCAGCCCCUUUAUGCCAUCCAGGACAAAGAGGGCCACUACCACGAGGUCACCACUGUCACAAGUGAGGAGGUGACAGAGGGAAAUGUUGUAGGAACGCGAUGGUUGUUUGAAACAAAGCCCCUCGAUGCUAUCAAGGACACAGAUGAGGUUUAUAUAAUUAAAUCCGUCACACAGCAGGAUGUGCAAAAAGGAGAUGUCGUCUCUGCUAAGUGGAAAUUUGAGACACAGCCUCUUGACAAGAUUGCUGAAGAAAAGAAGCCUUUAAUAAAAACAGUAGAGGACAUUCAAGGGGGCGACGUAAGACUGAAUAAACAUCGCUUUGAGUCUGACACUUUGUCACAGGGAUGUGUUCGAACUGUUAAUGUGAGUGAAAUUCAAAAAGGUGACGUCAGAACUGCUAAGUGGAGAUUUGAAACUCAGUCCAUUGACAAAAUCAGAAGUAUGAGCUCUGAAAAUUUGAUUGAAACCGUUAAAAAGGAGGAGACUGCAAAGGGAGAUGUUAAGCAUUCAGUCUGGCUCUUUGAGAAAAAUCCUCUUGACCACAUUAAAGAGGCAGAUGAGGAUGAGGAGACAAACACCCCUCAAGAGGAGAUUCCCAAAGCGGAUGUAAAGACAACAACUUGGCUCUUUGAGACGACACCAAUUGACGACUUUAAUGAGACAAAAGUGGAAAGGACGGAAAUCUUGGGCAAGAGCGUCAAGGGAACUCUUGAGGAACUUUAUAGUCAGAAAAUGGUGAAAUCGAAGGGAAUUCUCAUUGAAGCUGAUGAAAUUGGUGACGUUAGGAUGGCAAAAUACCAGCUAAUGAACAAGCAGGCUCCUGAGAUUCAACGAGAGGAAGUAAUCAGGGGAGAUCUGCAGACUAUCAUGAUGAACCUGCUGAACAGACAGGAAAGACAGGAGCAGCAGAUAGUCAUAGAUUCAGAAGAGAAAGGUAAUAUCAGCUCAACAGUACAGCAAUUAUUUAGCCAAGACAGAGUUAGCACUGUUGAAAAGGAGGAAAUAAUACGCGGUGACAUCCAGGAGGCUAUAAACAAACUUUUCAGUGAGGAUGGAUCAGCAAAACAUGGAAUACUCAUCCAGGAGGAUGAAAAAGGAGAUGUACAGAUGACAUUAUAUUCGCUUCUAAAUAAACAAGAAAAUGUUUCUGCUGAAAAAGAGGACAUUGUUAAAGGGGAUAUAAAGAGUGCUCUUCAAAGGCUGUCCAGCCCAGACAAGUCAGAUCAGGCAGUGAAGAUAAGGGUAGAUGACACUGAAAAGGGAAAUGUCAGCUUUUACUCUACGUGUAUUGAAUCUGGGGCUGUGGACUAUCUUAAACAACUCCAUUUAGAGCCUGAUGAUACUCCGCCUGAAACAGCAAAAAAAGAGGUGAUUGUUGGGGGUGACAUCAAGGGCACAAAACUCAUGCUUGGCUGUAAUCAAACUCAAAUUGAGCGUACAGUUGAGGAUGUUAUACCGGGUGAUGUUCACAACACAGUCAAAGUUUUCAUGUCAGAGCCAACUGCCUCAUUGGAAAGGAUCCAAAAGGAGGAAAUUGUGAAAGGUGACUUAAGAGCUGCUUUGAAUUCAUUAUCUGAAUCAGUGAAUCAGACAGUCAUUGUAGAGAAAGAGGAGGUGGUGAAAGGCAACAUACCGAAAGCUCUACGGUGUUUGGAAAGGGCUCAGAAUAAGCACAAGGAGGUGGAGAAGCCAGAUAUCAUACCAGGAAAUAUCAAAGGGACUCUAAGAUCUCUUGAGAAAUCAGCAACAUCAAGAGUUGAAACUGUUGUUGAGGAUUUAGUUGCCGGAGAUGUGAAGGCAACGAUGAAAUCUCUGGAACUGGCAAAGCAAGCAGUGAAGGAAAUUGAAAAGGAAGAAAUUGUGAGGGGUGAUAUUCAGACAGCAAUGCAAAGUCUACAAGAUGCAUCCAGUGAGAUGAAAAAGUGUCAACAGGAAAUAGAUGUUCAGGGUGAUGUCAGAGGGACGAUUCAGCUCUUCAUGGAGCCCCCACCUACACAGAGGGUGCAAAGAAGCUCAAGCCUCGAGGGUGAUAUAAAGGGUGAUGUCAAGAUGUCAAUUAAGUCAUUAUAUGAGACUCAGGAGCAAACCCAGCUGGAGAAAGAAGAAGUGAUAAAGGGGGAUGUAAAAGGCACUAUUAAAUCAUUGCUAGAAACAGCGCAGCGUGAAACUCCAAAAGUCCGGCUGGGAGCAUAUAGAAGAGUUAGAGUCAAGCAGAGCCCACCCAUUAAAAAUCUUAAAACUGAUGCACAAAGAAACGUGCAGAAGAUUAAAACUGUAAAUCUUGUUGAAACACCAAAAGAAAAUCACACCAUCUCCAAUGAAACCAUUACAAAAACAUCAUACACUAUGGAGCAGUCGGCUCAGCAAUCAACAACUGUUGUGGACCACAAAACUAUUACCCAAAAUCACGGCAUCAAAACAUUAAAGACAGAGUUUCGUAACCUGAAAUCUAACCCAAAGGGCAUGAUAAAACUUGGUAAAACCAAAGUCAAAACUGAUGUUUACGUCUUAAAACCAAAAGCACCAGAAGCUGAUCUGCCUCUCCCACCUCCGCCUCCACCAGUGAUAGACACUGACCUUCCUCCUCCUCCUCCUAGUCCUCCUCCUCCUUCCGCUGAUAUUGACAUCGAUCACCUCCCUCCUCCACCACCACCACCACCGCUAACUACUGAGCAGGACUUCCUCCCACCUCCUCCAUCUCAACAAGAACUCGAGAGCAUGCCAGCACAGCCAAUCCAUCCCUCACCAGCAAAGGCAAAAAAGAUGACAGUCAAAAAAGUGAAAGCUCCUGUUUUGCAUCCAGUACCAAAGCUGGAGCCUAAAGUAGAACUCAGCAAAACACAAGAGGUGGCAACAACUUCUGAGAAACAAGUGGAAAUGAGCCAAAACACAUUAAAAACAACAACAACGCUUACAUCUAAAACUAUUUCAUAUGAGAUCCCUCCACCUCCAGAGUCACCACAGCCAUUAAAGAAAAUUUACAUUGCUCCCAUGAAAUUUACUCCUCCACCAUCUCCUCCUCCUUUUAUGAGAGGGAAAAUGAGCAAAUUUAACACACCGUUAAUAAAAGCUGAAGAAAAGUACCGGAAGCUGAGGGAGGAAAACACACCACCAACCACUCCAUCGCCCACUUUUAUACAUGACUCAGUCACCUCUGCUCUCCAAAUGAUUUCCACUGAAGAUGCAGAGCAGUCAAAUGGCAUCAGCUCAGAAAUCACACAGGGCAGCAAUGCAAAGAUGCCAGUGAGUGUUCAUUCAGAGUCACUGUCAUGUAAUCUAUCUAAGCAGAUCAUAGCCACAAAUCCAACACAGAGUAAUGCAAGUGAGAACAUCCUCACAGAUUCCACAAUUUUAUCUUCUGCUCAACAGCAAAUCGCCUCUAACGAGUCUUCCAAGGUUGUCUCUAUUCAAAAGACCACAUCCACUUCAGCUAUUAGACAACAGAUGCAUACAACUACGCAGAAAACAGUUUCCUCAAAACAGUCUGCUCAAUCUGUCAAGGUCGACAAAGUGCAGACAAAAGUAAUUGAUGUUGCAAAAACAGACAGCACAGCUGGUCAUACAAAGAAAGACUUGAAAAGUCAGAAAUCAAAGUUGUCCAACAAAUCUGAAGAAAAACAAGAUGAGAAAACGACUGCCCAGAAACCUGACAUAGAAGCAAUGCAUAACCUGUCCAAAAAGGAAACCGUAACUUCAAAUAAAAAUGUAAAGGAAUCCAAAUCAUUGGACUAUAUUAACAAGAACAAAACUGAUCCUUUGCCUUGUAAGAAAGAAAGCGUUCCCAGCCAGCUAACGCAAACAGAAAUGGCAGCUGCUAAUGCAAAUGUUAAAACAGGCAAGCCAAACCAGAAGGCGAAAAAGAACAAUAAACAAGAAAAGCAAACAGAGAUAAAAUCGUCCAGUGAGACUGAGAAACAGAGUGUAACACAAGAUUUCAAAGUGGAAGCUGCUGAGGUGAAAGUGAUCGAUGAACCCAAAGACGUAAAGACAGAGUUAAAGCAGGAGAUUAAGAAAGUUACUACCUCUCCUCCUCCUCCUCCUCUCCCUGUUGUUGUUACUCCACCUGCUGUUACUGUAAGUACUGACAACCAACCAGAAACCAACAACACAAAUCCAGUGAAGAAGAAAAAGAAGUCAAAGAAGUCUAAAGGGGUUGCACAGUCAGGUCAAGGUAAAGAUAUUCUCACCGACUCAAAGAGAGAAGUUACAGAAACCAAGAAAACAACAUCUGAGAACACUCAGCAAAUGCAAAAGACAACUGCAGUCACCCAGAUUCACAAAGUAGAGCACAUAGAAGUCAAGAGAAAAGUCAUUACCACAGACAGCACAGAUGAUCAGGAUUCCACACAGCAAAAAACUGUUCAAAAGCAUGUCGAAGGAUCUCAAAAGACAGGUCUGACAGCUACUCAGCAGAGUGGGGAAGAACCACCAAAAGAAAGUAUGGAUGUGCCAAUUACAGUGACAGGCGAGUCAGAACAAAAUGAACCGGUUAAGUCCACAACAGCACAAACAGAGGAAUCUCAAAAGCAGGAGGUCCAAGUGUUAAUCUCUCACUUCACAGAGAUGCAAAAGGCUUCAGAAAAGACCGAUGUAAAAUCUGCAAAGAGUUUGCUCAAUCGGGAAAGAAAAUGUGAACUGGAGGGAUCUGGAGAUGCAAGGGAUGCUCAAAAAAGUACAGAUAUUGUUUCCAAUGUAAGGAGAUUAGCAGAGGCCAAGCCAAUAGAUCUAGAAGAUGAAACCAAGGACAGGCGUGAAAGUGAGCCAGCAUCUGAGAGAGUGGUUUCUGGUGCAGCUUCACCAAAAAUAUCCAAGAUCAGCAUCGGCUCAGCCAAAGUUGAGAGCCAAACAAAGAAAGAAUCCUCACAUGAAAAAAAGAAAGAAGAAGUGAGUUUGUCCAAAUCCGUCGACCUUCGAGCUCCCUCACCCUCACUCAGGACACGUUCUCCCUCACCGACAUUCAUCACCAUCGAGUCCAAACGGAGAACUGACUCGCCCCAGAGAGUAACGCCGUCACCCACCCUCCUGCACAGGCCACCCACACCUCCCACGCCGCCGCUGCGCAGGUGUGACACUCCAACAUCACGUAUCACUAGAAUCACACCUUCUCCAACUUUUGACAAAGCUGAAAAUUUGGCUCGACUUAAAGACGCAACAGCCAAGCUCUCGCGUGGCGUCACCCCACCACCGCUAUUUCCCAGUCCAAUCCCAGAAAAGAAAUCUGAGAUUGUGGAGCCGCCUGCUUCAUUCCAUCGACAAAUCAAAACUGAGUCCCAGGUUAUGGAGGCUUCAGGGAUAUUGACGGCAACGGAAAAGCCCCGAAAGAGUUUAUCCAAGGAAGUUCUGCAGGCUUGUGUUAAUAAUACAGCAGUAGAGGAUAAAGGUGAUAUUUCUCAAGGUUUAAGUGCAAAUGAAAUACAAAGUAAGUCUGAGACCCAUAUGCCAUUGGGUCAAAAUGACCCAGAUCUGGCUGAAGCUUCAGAAUUAUCAUCUGCAUCCGUCAAAGAGAAGAAAGAGUUUUUUGAAGAGGCUCAAAAAGCAGGAGUUAAUAAGAUCUAUGUGCGCAAGGAACCGAUUGCUAUUCCUGAGCGACUGGGCCCAGACGUCAGUGAGUGUGAAGCAGAAAAUAAGAACAAAGAAAAGGAUGAGCUUCCCAGGGCUGACUUGUCGAGUCUUGUAAACAAAUUUGCAUCACCAGAAGAGAAAACCCCAUAUAUCAGAAAAGAGCUUAUCCCACUCACGGAGCGCCUUCACAAUGACUCCAAAAGCAAAGAUUGUGACAAAGAGAAAGCAGAAGGCCUGGAACAGGAAACGCCAGCUUUUGACAUCCAGGCUAUUAAAAAUGUUUUUGAACUUGGUGAGCAAAGUUCUUUAUUCAGAGACGAGAUAAAGGAUCAGGAGGAGCUUGUGUCAAGCCUGAGUGAAACAACAGCAGACACUUCAAAGCAAGAAAGUCCUCAAGAGACAAAGGGAGGCUCAAGGCAGAGCACUCCCCUCCCUGUGCAGAAAAAUGAGGUAGGAACUGUGCCAGCCAAACCAUCAGCCCUCUCUGAAACUGAAUCAAUCACAGAGCAUUUCUCACAUCUUGAUGAAUUUGGUAACAAGGUCACCGGAACAAGGACAGCUGUCACUGUGCACUCUGAGAGUGUGUCAACCCUACCCAAAGCUCCUUUCUCCUAUGCUGAUGCAGUGAAAAGAAAAGCUGCUGCAGCGAGGCGAACAGAAACAUACGAUGAAGACGCUACAGAGAAGUUGCUAAGGAAUUUCCAUAAAACAUGGACGGAGAGCGAGACAGUCUUCAAGAGUCUUGGAUACACUGUUUCUGAGGAAACAACAUCGCAAGUUGUGUCGCACCAGACGAAGAUUGCCUCAUCUGGUUCGAGUUCCGAGGUCGGAGCUGUGCACGGUGUGCCGGAGGAGAGCCUAUCCGAUGGAUGCUCUCAUAGUGGACAAAAAAAAGUACCAUAAGUCCUGUUUCUGCUGUGAGCACUGCAGGAACAAAUUAAGCCUAGGAAAUUACGUCUCUCUCCAUGGACAUUUGUAUUGCCUACCCCAUUACAAACAACUCCUGAAGUCCAAAGGGAACUAUGAUGAUGGACUCGGGCAGAGACCCCCCGCAGGAAGUGGUGGACCUAUCCCCUCAAAUCAG